CAUUCAUUUCGACCUUAUCUGUCGAUCGCCGUGACGACGCGUCACGCCUUACACGAGUCGGCCGCCGCAGGUAGCCCACGGGAAACGCGAGAGCGGUCCGGCCCCGGCGCGCAUAAUAAAAGGCCGACCGGCCGGUCUCGGACGCCCCUCGCUUUCAGCCCCAGCCGUCGCCGUCUCCCAAAUUCCUCCGCUGGCCCCCGCUCCACGCCUCUGACCCUCUCCCCGUCUUCAGCCGCGUCCCGGCUGUCGGCGACCCGCCGACGGUCCCGUCGUCGUCGUCGUCGCCAUGACUACCUCAAGACGUGUUGCUGAUAGGAAAAUUGCAGUAUUUGAGAAGAAUAUCACGAAGAGGGGUUCUGUUCCCGAGACAGUCAAGAAAGGAAAUGAUUAUCCUGUUGGACCUAUCGUGCUUGGAUUUUUUGUCUUCGUUGUUGUUGGGUCAUCUCUGUUCCAGAUCAUCAGGACAGCCUCAAACGCCGGUCUCUUCUGAGUAGAUUGGUGCUAUGCUUAUAGUGACCAUGAACAGGGCUGUCAUAUGCAGUUGGUUGUCGGUUUAAAACUAGAACUGAAUGAGAUAGCUGGUACUCUUGUGAUGCUUGUUAUACCUCUUACCAUUGUACUUGGUGGAGUUUAAGUUAUAUGGAGAUCGUCAUACCAUUGGACUGCUAA